UGGAGUAAACACGAAGCGGAGGCGCCGCGCUCGCACACCUCGUGCGUGCUCGCGCUGGCACUCUCGCGCUCGGUCCCGCGAUCCGUAAAGAACGUCGCGAACAACAUUUUUCGUGGCACGCGCGAAGAAAGGAAAGAGGUGAGAAAUCCGCGCGUCGGACGGUGACGGGAAGGAAUAUUCGCGCCGCUCGAGGAAGGUGAUCGACGACGACGGCGGGGUCCGCGCUCGUAGCAUCGCACCGUACGCGGGGACGAUUAAUGUGCGCGGGGCGGGCGCGCGGUAUCCUCGUGGCGGUCGCAAAUGGUAGCCGCCGCGGCGACGGCGACGUCAUCGCCGCGUCCGCGGCAGGAAGAUGUCAAACGUCAGCUCGCCGUCAUCGGAGCGACUCGUGAACGGUGAGAAGAAGAGCGUCGACGCUGCCGCCGCCGUCGCCGUCACCGGCGCUGUCAGCGGCGGCAGGGGUGGUGGAGGUGGAGGAAGGGGGAGGCUCGGCUGCGAGGAGAACCGCGUGGGCGACGCCGCUGGUGGAAGCGCGCCGCUCCUCGCUUCAUCCAGGAGUCGCGGCGGUAGCGCUGGCGUUGCUAACGAGGCCGCCAGACCUGGUGGUGGCGGAGUCGUCGCGACCGCUGUUAUCGACGGCGCGACGCCAGCGAAUUCCAGUCGCGGGGCGAUCGCAGGAUCGCGUACUCUCGACGCCGUUUACCGUUGCUACACCUACGUCGUCGCCGACGCUUCCUUGUCCACCGGUGAUGACGUCGUCGUCGCCGAGACGACGAACCGCGUGGGAUUCGCGUUGAACAGUAGUGCCGAGACGACGACGACGACGCCGUCGUCGUUGUUUCACGCCGGUAGCACCGACGCUCGAGUCAGUGUCAGCAACAACAGCGCCACAAACACCGUCGUUAUUGUUGACGCCGACGACGUCGACGACGAAGACGACGAGGACAACAUGGUCGCGGCGAUGAACGAGCACCUGUCCAGCGCGACGACGACGACGACGUCGUCGUCCUCCUCGGCGUCGUCGGCUAUGAACACCCUCGCCAGCGGCAACAACAACAACAACAACCAUCCCUCGACGAUGACGAUGAGCAACGUUGUCGGCAACAACGGCCGCGUCGUCCAGGAGUUCCACCAGGAGGUGGACAGCGACGUGGACGUCAAACCCGUCAUAAACAGCGGCAGCGCCGCGGCCGCCGCCGCCGGCAUCCUCAGCUUCCCCUGCGACUUCGAUCACAUGUACGCCAGCAUGACAGACGGCGGAGCACCGGCCGCGGCAGCCGCCCUCGGCGUCAGUCCUCUCCGCGGCAACGAGCCUCGUCAGAACGACCUCACCGAGGUCAAGCACCUGAAGGAGCUGCUCCUUCUGCACCUGGACCUCAUCCAGCAGCAGUCCGAGCAGAUCGUCACCAAGGACAAGCUCCUCGCCGCGCUGCGCCAGGAAAACGAGACGUUAAAACUACGUCUGGAACGUAUGGAGAGGCGGGUGAGCCUUCAGAAGCUGAGAUCUGAAUGCAGCGAGAAUUCGACCGGUUCGGAACACUUGGGUACUUGUUCGCCUACGAGUGUCAAUUCCGUAAACGUACCGUCGACGAGCGAGUUGCACAGAAACGUUCAGUGCGAGGGUGGCAAUACUUUGCACGAGACCUUCAAGAUACGUCUCAACACCAGCGGCGGUAUCACCACUGUGAAACAGGAACCACUUGAUAAUCAAAUUAAGGUGGAAGUGAAGCAGGAGCCUAUUGAGUCUAGGUACGAGUGGGAGGAGAAGAAGAAGAGACGAUCGGAUCCUACCCCAGUGUCUAUGGGUAGUAAAAAAAGGGGCAUCUCCUGCUCAUCGAUUGUUAGUACCGAAAGUGUACAGGACAAGGUGUUGAGUCAAACUUUACACGAGACUAGUAGGAAGAGCGAUAAGAAAGCUAAAUCUCUCGUGAAGAAAGAAUCCUUUCUCACGACGGAAGAACAUUAUUAUACAGCUGUAGGGGAUCCCAAUUAUACCUUAAGUCUGAAACAGUCCAAUCCGGUAGAAACAGGUAGUUCUCUCGAAGUCCCUAAUUGGAGAGUGAAGGUAUAUACGAGUUGUUAUACGAUGGAGGGAACUGAGAAUUUGGACGAUGAGAUUUUUAACAAGAGACAUUUGAAAUUGGAGAAUGAUGAGAGGAGGAGAAAGCGAUGGGAUGUACAGAGGAUAAGGGAACAAAGGCACAUAGAGAAAUUAAAACAGAGACAAGAACGUCAAAAUCAUCAAGCUACGUGCUACAAUACUAAUCACACCGGUCCUUGUCCUUCGUCCAUGGAGGAGGAAACUGUUACGUCCUUGUGGCCUGAUGUAGAACAAAUUCAAAGUCUCCAAGUGGAUCUUCACUUGCCAGUAACUGCAUUUGGCUCUUCUAUUCCUAGUUUUACUCCAAUUGAAUUUUCUUUACCUUGGUCGAAUACAGCACGAAUAAAGUGUCGACGUCCUAAACGUUCAACAAGUAGAAGAAAAUCUACAGGUAGGAGAAAAGUCUAGGGGAUAUAAAUUUUUAUAAAAAUGGACAGAACUGAUUUUAUCUGUACCGUCGGUUUUAAACUCUUGAAAAUACUAUUGCUCCCUCUCACGCCAUAUUUGAAACGUUUCUCAUUGCUAAGCAGAUAAUGUAGGAGCAUCCUUCCCCCCUCCCUCCCAAAGAUAUUUUUAUUGACUUUUUAAACAUCUGCAAUAUAGUAUACUUUAUUUUUUCUAUAUUUUUGUUGAUUAAGUAAAUUCAUUGUCAAUACCACUUCUUUGAUACGGCUAUUCUACAUUUUGUACUUGGUGUUGGUCAUUUUAUUUAUAUAACUAUGAAUAUAUGUAUAUCACACAUGACGAAACGAUGUAUCAGUUUAUACUGAUAUAUCGGAAAAUUUUCAACUCUGAAAUAGAUUUCCGUUCCAUUUCAGCGAGUUGACAAUAUUUGCAAAAUUUUUUGACAAUUAUAUCAAACUAUUUAUAUUAAUUUUGUAAUUAAGUUUUUUUGCUAUUACUAAUUGUAAAAAUCUUAACGAAAUCUCUACCAUGUACACAUUAAUGACAUACACUUUGUAAAAAUAUGUUGUAAGGCAAUGUUACAUAACGGAAGAAUAUAAUCAGUUUUUUAAUCUUGGGUAGCCUCUUUUUUUAAGGUUGUGUGCAAAUUCUGUGUAUAAUAUCGCUUAAUAUGGAAAAAUGUUAAAUACUCAGUAUGAAAAGUUAGGUAUCUUUGCAAACACAGCGCAAUUUUGUUAACUCUAAAACUUUAUAGUACAAAUAUAUUUAUUGCACAGUGUCUCAGAAAAAUAUGCGCUUCCUCUCAGUGACAGAUUCUCUAACAUUUAAAAUCUUCAGGAAAAUUUGAAGGCCUAAUUGUAAAAAAUAACAUUUAACUUUCAACAUUGGACUUUUCGCUGAAGAAAAAUUCAUGUUGAGAAAAUCUGUAACUAAAAGAAACUGGACGCCUUUUGAUAUAAUUUAUAUAUUGUGUAUCUAUUGAGUUUUAAGCUCUCUUGUUAUAAGCGAUUUCAGUAUAGCGUAUACUAUUUUUGCUCCCAACACAUGUUAAACGCUAUAUCAUGAUCCGAGAAGCAGGCGGGGAAAAACUUGAAAUAUUUGUAAACAAUUGUAAAGUCAUUAAUACUGCGACUAAUGACUGUUUUGUAGCACAAUCAGUUAAACUUACUACCUUUGUGCAAAUUUAUUUGAUAAAUAAGACGUAUAUGUAUUUCUUCAGAAAAAAUCACAAAUUUUCAUUCAUGGUACAUUAUCUUUGGAUAUUAAUAUUAUUUUAUAAUUCUGUAAAAGUAUAAUUUUGUAGCUCUGUCCCAAUUGCUUCAAUUUUCUGACAAUAGCACCUUAUCGAGAGACGAUAGUUCGAUUUGUGAUAAUUCCGAUUUCAUUUGCGUUAUAUAGAAAAGCUGUGGUAUUACGAAUAUAAGGGAUAUCGCGAUGCGCGAAAUAAUAAAACGAGCAGAUAACAACAUA